UUUUCGCAUGCUCACAGUUAUUGAAUAGUGAUUUUAUUAUUUUACUUCUAUUACAAUUUUAUCAGUUGUCAUGGAGUACAAAUGUCUGUGUGAUGUGUUUGUGCUAAAAGAAAAAAAUUGGCGUCUGUUUAGUUAAAUAUUGAGGACAUAUUAUAAAUGACUUUAUAUACUAUAACAUACAAGAAGCAGCGUGAUGACCUUGGUCUACUGGACGAGGAGGUCACAAUCGGGGCACACUCCAGGGGCAACUACCAGUCGAUAUCACCCACUGCAAGCAUGUCGGCAUCACGGGAUUGGGAUCCACUCAGCGGCACCAUGUCGCCUGGGAGACGGACCUUCUGUCUCCUAGCAACCUUUGACCUCAUUCUCACCUUCAUCCUCUGGGUCAUUUAUACACAGCUUAUUGGGAUGAAGCCUAUAUGGAAGGCAUUCACUGAACAAGUGGGCAACUACACUUUCGAGAAGUCUUUAUUUGACACAGUUAUGAUUGCAGCCACAAGGUUUACAUUUCUCAUGUUGGCAUACGCUCUUUGUAGAAUACGACAUGUCUGGGUUAUAGCAUUGACCACAACGAUGACCUGUGCGUACCUGUUAGUGAAGUGCUUUAUGUUUGAAUUCAGUGACAGUGUCUUAGGAGGAAAGAACCCUCUCAGCUAUGUUUUGCUGAUCAUCUGUUUCGUUCUUGCCUGGGUGGAGACAUGGAUGCUGGAUUUCAAGGUCAUUCCAUCAGAACGCCAAAUAAUCAGGGCUGCUAGGGGUCACCACAGAGGUGCGACGGAGCGCGACCACUUGUUGCCUGCAGAUACGGAGCAAAGCAUGGCCACGUCAGAUAAUAGGGAAUUCUACACACCAGAAGGAUCAGAGGACGAAGCAGAGCAGUCCACCCACGGUUCGAACCACCAUCACCAUCAGCAUAGUAACCGCCAUCAUAAACAUGGCCACCACAAACACGAACGCAAGGCAAGUGAUGUGUCCGUUUCCUCCAUGUCGUCAGUACUGUCGUCUGCUACUAUGCAGAGUGUACGCAGUCUGAGUCCGGAGUCUGAGAACUACUCCCAGUUGUUGGAGGAGGCCAAGCGUGACGUGAUGACGAUGUUCCAUGACGACAGCUGGAAACACGAGUCUGGCACCAGUCUAGAAACUGGCAUGGUUUACAGCCAAAAUAUAAAAAAAUACGGCAGGAAAAUAUUCAAAUUAAGGGGUGUGGUGAACAUGGCUCCUAAGGAUCUCUGGGAAGACAUGGUGCAAGGGCUGAAUGAGUCGCCCAAGUGGAACCCUACCAUACUGGAGAGUAGGUGUUUACAGCAAAUAGACGAGACCACUCAAAUAGUGUAUAAUAUAUCGGCCGAGGCAGCAGGUGGUUUAGUGUCAUCGCGAGAUUUUGUGAAUGUGCGACAUUGGUUCUUUAUUGAGGAAAAGAAUCUCUUUGUGUCAUUUGGCGCUGGGUGCACGCACCCUGACAUGCCCGAGCAAAAGAAAUACGUGAGGGGAGAGAACGGGCCCGGUGGCUGGGUGUUUGAGGCGGUAGAAGGGGAACCAGGCAAGUGUCUCUUCACCUGGAUAGUCAACUCAAACCUCAAGGGCUGGUUACCUCAGGCAGCUAUAGACCAGGCCAUGGGAAAUGUUCUCACCACCUAUUUUUCUCUGCUCGUGAAACGCUACGACGAAAUAUCAAAACAAAGGCGCGCACAGUCGAAUACUUAAUGACAGACCACCCAAAAUGAAGCUCACUGUGAUAUUAGCAUUAUAUCAUUACUAUGACAAGGAGUGUUUUUUUUUUAAAUAGCAAUUGAGUGAUGAAAAAAUGUUUUUUCUGAUCUAUGAAGUGCAGUUUUGGAUGAGAAAGUCACAACUCGAUAUGUUAAAAAAUUCUGACUUGUAACUCAUUUCUCCUCUAGACUGUCUACAAACUCUGCGAAACCUCUAAAAACAUAUGAGGCUUGCUUUUGGAAAAAUGUGAUAAAUACAUGUGUGCAAAGAAGCCUCCCAGAUAAGACUGUGCAGUCCUUACAUGCUUAUAAGGGACGACACUUUGUGCUUGUAUAGAAUUUUUCUUUAAAGGAAGACUCGUCUAAAGGAAAAUUCAGUCAAGCAAAAAAUAAUGUCACUGGUUAGCCUGUGUGUACUGCAUAGGCUAAGUGGUACAAUAUUUUAGGCACAUGCAUUGAGCCAUGUAUGAGAAAAUGUAAACUCAGUAUUAAAACGUAUGCAUAAUAGGUUUAUGACAUAAAUUCCUUGCAUAAAUGUGUACUUUGAUACUAGAUCGGAUAUGUGUUACUGUAACCCAAACAUGUUGGCCAUACACUUCUAAACUGUGAAGACAUAAAGCUUACAGUAUGGAAUGGGUCAUAUUUGGCUCAUAUUAGAUUUGUGUGCAGUUUUUGAAAUAAAGUGAUUUGUUACCAUGAUUAAUUUUUGAAAACUAGCUAUCUUUUCAUGGCCCGGCUUAUUUAUUAGUUUUGUGUGUUGUUUUUUUAUAAAUAUUUUAAUUCAUCCAGGGCAAGCGUCUGGUUAAAGUAAAUGAAUAUGUACUAACAUUUAGUAUUUGUUGAAAAUACUUUCUUUAAACUAAAAUAUAAUUUAAGCGGGAAGUGUCGUCCCUGAUAAGCCUGUGUGAACUGCACAGGCUAAUCUGGGACAAUACUUUUACGCACAUGCAUUAAAUUAGCACUAUCAUUAACUGAUGUAAGUAGGACAAAUUGUGUAGUGGGGGUAUUUAUAGCAAAUUGUGGAGGGAAAAACUGUUUAAAAAAAAUAUCAGUAAGUGAUAUUAAAUCUGAUCACUUGUUUGAGUGUAUCACUCAAUAUAUUGUUAUUUUUUCAAUUUUGUUUGGUAAAAUGCAAAUAAUAUAUUUUAUUUAUUUUUCUUUGAUUUAUGCUGGCAUAGUACAGCAUGUGUGAGGCUUUAUGGUUUUGUGCUUUCAACUAUGUGUGGAGAUGAUUAUGUUUUAAAUUGGUUGUAACACAAAAAAUAGUGCCAUUGUUUACAGAAAAUUAAUGUUCUUAUUAUGUGACAAAAUUCUCGGAAAAUUAGUUAAUUAAAAAUUUAGACCAACUCACAAUUCGCAAGUUUUUGUGAGAAUGACCAUGAGCCUUCAGAAUAAAUAAAUAUUGUCAGAAAAUCUUUGAAAUUAUUGAUCUCAAACGCAAUGCCUUCCCUCAUAUUGCUAGAGCAUCUUAAGUGUAUUUGUAAUUGAACCUUAAUCUGGGAACACUGGGUUUAAUACAGAUAAAAAAAUGUCCUUAAUUUGCCUGUGCAGAAUGCACUGGCUAUUCAACAAUAUGUCUUAAUGGAAUGUUUCAUUUAAAGGAAGUCUCUUUUAAACAAAAAUAAAAUACAGGCACAAUAGACCCCUGAUUACCCUGUGUGGACUGCAUAGGCAAACCUGGGACGACACUGCAUGCACAUGCAUUAAGCCCCGUUUUCCCAAAGGGAGGCUCAUUUGUAUUUCCUGACAUAAGUUUGGUAGAAUAAACUGGAAACCUGUACUUUAAAGAAUCAAAAUAGAUCUCCAUGCAGGGUCUGAAUACGAUUCUAAAGAAAAAUGAAGAUGAUCAUAGGAUUUUAUGUCGUUUUAAAAAUAUGCAAGAUAUAAAAAAAUAUAUACAUGUUUUAUGCAUUUUCUGUUUAAAGUUUUGGAUUGUACAUAGCUUUCUUAUCUGUUUUGAACUUUCUUACAGAAUCAGAAAUUACAACAUACUUGUGCAGUUUUUAGAAACUUAUAAGGAUAAUAGAACAGAUGUGUUCUUUUAAUAAUGCUUUUGAACAGUUUAUUUGUUUUGAUAUAUUUUGUUGUUGAUUAGGUUGAUAUGUCUGUUUGUUGUCAAUUUUCAUUUAGUGAUUUAUUUUUUAAUUGUUAAUGAAUUUAUUUAUAUCAUGUAUAUUAUAUAAUGUUGAACUAUUGUGUAAUGUCUAUUUUGGUUGUAUAUGAAUGUCAAAUACAAGUUUUGCAAUACAA